AUGGCGCUUCGUCAGUUCAAAGCGCCAGUAGCGUAUGAAGCGCAGCAGGCUGCACUGGAAUCCUUCCUUCAAGAGUUCAAGGCUUCGCCUGAGCAGACGAUUUCGCAUGCGCUCGGAAACAUCACGAUAGACGAGGAUGACUUUAGUGAUGAUGAUCUGAUGGAGGAUGACGAGACCCGCGAGACCCGUCGCCAAGCCAAGAGCCCGCCGGGGCCAAAGUACAAGGUCAUGCUGCAGCAGCUGGCUGACCGCAAGAUCGACGAGGUUAUGAUUGAUUUGGACGACUUGGCCAGUUUUGAAGCAUCAUUUGGUGAUGAGUUACAGCUGGUCCAGUCCAUCGAGACGAACACAAAGCACUACGUCGAAAUAAUGUCCAGGGCAGUUGACAAACUUCUGCCCAAGCCCAGCGUUGAUACGAACUUCAAGGAUGAUGUACUGGACGUUUUAAUGGAACGGAGAACUAGAAGGAACGAGGCUUUGCAAAGAACCGCCACUGAGCCGGUUGACGGCCAGCUUCCCGACCCGACGGCAGCCGAGGACAAGUUCCCCGCGGAGCUCACUCGCAGAUAUACCCUUGCCUUCAAGCCGCGAUCCGAGACUUCCACUCAUCCUGUCAAGGCCCUUGCCGUGCGAGAGGUUAAGGGUGAGAACCUCGGCCACCUGAUCACCAUCCGCGCUAUUGCCACGCGCGUCUCAGACGUCAAGCCCAUCGUCCAAGUCAGCGCCUACACCUGCGACCGAUGCGGUUGCGAAAUCUUUCAGCCAGUCAACGACAAGUCAUACGGCCCCUUGGACAUGUGCCCUUCUGAGGACUGCAAGAAGAACCAGGCCAAGGGCCAACUUCACCCUUCCUCCAGAGCCUCCAAGUUUCUGCCCUUCCAGGAAGUUAAGGUCCAGGAACUUGCGGAGCAAGUCCCCAUUGGUCAAAUCCCCCGCACACUCACCAUCUUGUGCUACGGUACCUCUGUCCGUAAAGUCAACCCCGGCGACGUCGUCGACGUUUCCGGAAUUUUUCUCCCCACACCCUACACUGGCUUCAAGGCAAUGAAGGCCGGCCUUCUUACCGACACGUACCUGGAGGCACAUUACAUCGUUCAGCACAAGAAGGCUUACUCAGAGAUGAUCAUCGACCCUGCCCUGGUGCGCCGUAUCGACCAAUACAGACAGUCUGGUCAGGUGUACGAGCUCCUCGCGAAGUCCAUCGCCCCUGAAAUCUUCGGUCACCUUGAUGUGAAGAAGGCCUUACUCCUUCUGCUCAUCGGUGGUGUGACAAAGGAGGUCAAGGACGGCAUGAAGAUUCGUGGUGACAUCAACAUCUGCCUGAUGGGUGACCCCGGUGUAGCCAAGUCGCAGCUCCUCAAGUACAUCUCCAAGGUCGCUCCCCGCGGUGUAUACACUUCUGGUCGUGGUUCCAGUGGUGUCGGUCUCACCGCCGCUGUCAUGCGCGACCCUGUCACCGAUGAGAUGGUCCUCGAGGGCGGUGCUCUCGUUCUCGCUGACAACGGCAUCUGCUGUAUCGAUGAGUUCGAUAAAAUGGACGACAAUGACCGUACUGCCAUUCAUGAGGUCAUGGAGCAACAGACCAUCUCUAUCUCCAAAGCCGGCAUCUCCACGACCCUCAACGCACGCACCUCCAUCCUUGCCGCUGCUAACCCCAUCUACGGCCGCUACAACCCUCGUAUCUCCCCCGUCGAGAACAUCAACCUCCCCGCCGCCCUCCUCUCCCGUUUCGAUAUCCUGUUCCUCCUUCUCGACACUCCGUCCCGCGAAUCCGACGCCCAGCUUGCGAAGCACGUCGCCUAUGUUCACAUGCACCAACGCCACCCCGAUAUCGGCACCGACUCGGUCGUCUUCUCCCCUCACGAGGUCCGCUCCUACGUCGCCCAGGCCCGCACCUACCGCCCUGUCGUACCCGCUGCUGUCUCUGAAUACAUCUCCAAGACAUACGUUCGUAUGCGUGGUCAACAGAAACGCGCUGAGAAGAAGGGCGAGCAGUUCACCCAUACUACGCCGCGUACUCUUCUCGGCGUUGUCCGUCUCGCUCAGGCCCUAGCCCGCCUGCGCUUCAGCAACGAGGUCACCCACGACGACGUCGACGAGGCCCUCCGCCUCGUCGAAGCCUCCAAGGAGAGCCUCGCCGCUGAGCAGAGUGCCAGCGGUCGCCAGCGCCUCAACGCCAGCAGUAGGAUCUACAACCUCGUCAAGAGUCUCGCUGACAGUGGCGCCUGCCGUGCCGACGAUGCCGACGACGAUGAUGAGGAGCUCGGCGUCGAGCUCAGUCUGCGUAAGGUCAAGGAGCGUGUCAUUGCCAAGGGCUUCACUGAAGACCAGUGGCUUUCUGCGCUGGAAGAGUACAACGAGCUUGAUGUUUGGCAAACAGCUGGAAACGGCACAAGGCUUGUCUUCAUCACUUCCAAUGGCGCAGAGAGGGAGGAGUAG